GGGAGGGAGCGGAGGAGCGAGCGAGGCGCGGGGCACUUCUGCGCAGCUCCUGAGCGCCUCGGAGCCGCCUGGACCGAGAGACAGACAGACAGACAGACAAACAGACGCACGGCUCCCGGAAGCUGUGCCCCCGCUGCCAGGCUCGCAGGGCGCGGAGACCGUCCGGAGCCUCGCGUGCCGGAGGACGCGCGUGGCCGGAGCCGCGAGCCUCGAUCCCCGUCCCUGCGGGUGCCUAGCUGAGGACGUCCUCCCUGGGGAGCCGCUGCGCCGAGGCAGAGGAGGGGCGUGCUGGUCACCAUGACAACAGAGACAGGCCCUGAUUCUGAGGUGAAGAAGGCUCAGGAGGAGACUCCACAGCAGCCUGAGGCUGCCGCAGCAGUGACCACCCCAGUGACCCCUGCAGGCCACAGCCACCCAGAGACCAAUUCCAAUGAGAAGCAUCUGCCCCAGCAGGACACAAGGCCUGCCGAACAGAGCCUAGAUAUGGAGGAUAAGGACUACAGUGAGGCCGAUGGCCUGUCGGAGAGGACCACCCCCAGUAAGGCUCAGAAGUCACCCCAGAAGAUCGCCAAGAAGUUCAAGAGCGCCAUCUGCCGAGUCACUCUACUUGAUGCCUCUGAGUACGAGUGUGAGGUGGAGAAGCACGGCCGGGGCCAGGUGCUGUUUGACCUGGUCUGUGAGCACCUCAACCUCCUGGAGAAGGACUACUUCGGCCUGACUUUCUGUGAUGCUGACAGCCAGAAGAAUUGGCUGGACCCCUCCAAGGAAAUCAAGAAGCAGAUCCGGAGCAGCCCCUGGAAUUUUGCCUUCACAGUCAAGUUCUACCCUCCUGACCCAGCCCAGCUGACAGAAGACAUCACAAGGUACUACCUGUGCCUGCAGCUGAGGGCAGACAUCAUCACAGGCCGCCUGCCCUGCUCCUUCGUCACGCAUGCGCUGCUGGGCUCCUACGCUGUGCAGGCCGAGCUGGGUGACUAUGAUGCAGAGGAGCACGCGGGCAACUAUGUCAGUGAGCUCCGCUUCGCCCCAAACCAGACCCGGGAGCUGGAGGAGAGGAUCAUGGAGCUGCACAAGACGUACAGGGGCAUGACCCCAGGCGAGGCAGAGAUCCACUUCCUGGAGAAUGCCAAGAAGCUGUCUAUGUAUGGAGUUGAUCUGCACCAUGCUAAGGACUCUGAGGCCAUCGACAUCAUGCUGGGCGUCUGUGCCAACGGCCUGCUCAUCUACCGCGACCGCCUGAGGAUCAACCGUUUUGCCUGGCCCAAGAUCCUCAAGAUCUCCUACAAGAGGAGUAACUUCUACAUCAAGAUCCGGCCCGGGGAGUACGAGCAGUUUGAGAGCACCAUCGGCUUCAAGCUCCCGAACCACCGCUCAGCCAAGCGGCUGUGGAAGGUGUGCAUCGAGCACCACACAUUCUUCCGGCUGGUGUCCCCAGAGCCCCCACCCAAGGGCUUUCUGGUGAUGGGCUCUAAGUUCCGGUACAGCGGGAGGACCCAGGCACAGACCCGCCAAGCCAGCGCCCUCAUCGACCGGCCCGCGCCCUUCUUUGAACGUUCCUCCAGCAAGCGCUACACCAUGUCCCGAAGCCUUGAUGGAGCGGAGUUCUCCCGCCCUGCCUCAGUCAGUGAGAACCACGAUGCAGGGCCUGACGGGGACAAGCGGGAAGACGAUACUGAGUCAGGGGGACGUCGAUCGGAGGCCGAAGAGGGAGAGGUCAGGACGCCCACCAAGAUCAAGGAGCUAAAGCCGGAGCAGGAAACCACGCCGAGACACAAACAGGAGUUCUUGGACAAGCCAGAGGACGUCCUGUUGAAGCACCAGGCCAGCAUCAACGAGCUCAAGAGGACCCUGAAGGAGCCCAAUAGCAAACUGAUCCACCGGGAUCGUGACUGGGAGCGGGAGCGCAGGCUGCCCUCAUCACCCGCCUCCUCCUCCCCUAAGGGCACCCCCGAGAAAGCCAGUGAGGCCCAGAGGACCCAGGACACUUCUCAGCAGGACUUGGUACCUGGAACAGCAGCAGGCUUGGAAGUGUUCACUCAGAAAAGCCUCGCAGCAUCUCCUGAGGGCUCAGAGCAUUGGGUAUUUGUAGAAAGAGUGUACACUAGGCCAGGAGAACUUGGCCUCCUGCCAGUGGCCACCACACAACAGGAAGAAAGGGAGGCGAACCUCGCAGAGAUCCUUGCUGAUGGCAGACUCUCCAAGGUAGACAUUCUGGUGGACAAGUUCAAAGUUGAAGUGGCCACAGAAGAAACAGUGGGAGCCAGAAGAACAAGCACUCAACAGAAAGGGGAAAUGAUGGCAAGUCCAGAAGCCUUUGAGAAAACGAGAGAGAAAGGCCCGUGCAUCGAAGGAGGUCCCAAAGAGGCUACUCAAGCUGCAGCCUACACACCAACAGACAAGCUCCUGGAGGGCGCCAAGCUCACCAUCAGGAACCACCACCUCUCAGAUGGUCAGCUAGAGAGCCAAGCAGAGCUGAGCAAGGGGCUGGAGGGGCUCCAGGCUCGGGGAAGACCUAUGGCUGCAGGGGUUGGGCCAGUGCUGGGAGAGGUCCUCUCUCCUGCGUCAGACAAGGGAGGAUUCCAGUCCUUCCUGUUGGACCCAGCCCAGUCAGAAGCCAGAGCUGACUCAAGUGAUGAGACUGACACCUCCUUCGCAGAGAGGAGCUUCUAUCUAAAUUAUGAAGAGAGAGACUCGGAAGACCAAGUCCUCCCCUCACCCUCGGAGGACAGUGGAGAGCACCUGGGUGCCCCUCCUAGAGAAGGAAGCUGGCUGGAGCCGGCAGGGGGCCACGCAGAGCCCUGGGAGCUGAAGUUCUCACACCCGAGGGGUUCUGGCCCAGACUCUAGCCAGAAUAAAAAUGAAAGCCAUGUGGCUUCCUCAGAGGAAGAAGCCUGGUCCUCCAGGGACCAUGGAAGACCUGAUGAGCUGCAGGGAGCUGCUAUGGGGCGGGCUUUGGCAGAGGGCUGGGAAGAAGCCCAGCCAAGGCCGGAAGGAGAGCUGACCUCCCCGAUGGCCAGGGUGGCUGGAGAUGAGGAGGCCCCCACGGGUGUAGAUUGGCUGGGAAAGACUGAGAAAAGUCCCCCAGCGAGUUGGAAGAAGCAGCCGUCCUCUGGAGGAGGAGGGGUGCACCUAGAUGCCCAGGCCUGCGCCCUGCUGAGGACCAUCCCUCCUCACAUUAGGAGGCCAGCCAGGCCAGACCAAAGCAGCUUCCCACCCAGAGAGAAAGGAACAGUUUCUGCUGAAGAACCUGACAGAGAGGACAGGAAGGCUGUCACUCCCCUGCCAGCCUCCUCUGGUCACACCAGGAGUCUGGCCUCCAGGGAGGAUACUUCUCUAAGUUCAGCCCCUCCUGGGUCAGGGGAGCCUUCGGAGGUCAGGGAUCCUUUUGGUGAUCAAUUCCCUGUGGUUCUCAGAUACAUCCAUCUUCCUGAGGAGAGCCCGAUGCCGAAGGACACACGGGGUGAACGCAGAGCGCCUCCCGUUGCCAGCAGGAAGCCCAGAGUUGUCCCUGAAGGAACCGAGGGCCCUGUGCUCCUGGGGUCGGUGUUCCCUUCAGGAAAGCAAAAGGAGACUUCUCUCCAGGAAAGGGAUCAAGGGAGUCCCCAGGAAGAUAUUAGCAAGACCUCUGUGGCUAACAAAAUUCGGAUAUUUGAGACCCAUGGAGCUGAGACUUGCCGAGCCAGUCAGGGUGAAAUGAGGGCCCUUCCACAGGAGCUGCCUUCAGAGGCGUCCCCGGGACAGGUAGAACAACAGCAAAACAAGCGUCUAGACCUGGGCUUUGUCCAACUCCAGCCUCCGGGGGACCUGGCAAGCCCCAAAGUUGCCCAUUCUUCUCUCACGCCUCUGGCUACCCAGCAGUACGGGGAGGGCACCUCUGCUCCCUCCCACCAGGAAGGAUGCGCAGAACCAGAGCUCCUGUCCCCAGAUUCAGGCUGUGAAACCACGCUGGAAGAAGCUACUGGGAACAAAUCCGGAGAUGCGGCCAGGGAAGAGAAGAGCUUCUUCAGCCACUUAGCACCAAACACCCCUGGGAAGGUGGGGCGUCUGAGAUUCGCCAGCCCUCUGGGCCCUCAGAGAGCAGGGGUGAGGGAGGGCUCAGAGGAAAAAGUCAAACCACCACGUCCGCGUGCCCCAGAGAGUGACACGGGAGAUGAGGACCAGGACCAGGAGAGGGAUGCAGUGUUCUUGAAGGACAACCACCUGGCCAUUGAACGCAAAUGCUCCAGCAUAACAGUCAGCUCCACAUCCAGCCUGGAGGCUGAGGUGGACUUCACGGUUAUUGGUGACUACCACGGGGGCGCCUUUGAAGACUUCUCCCGAAGCCUCCCUGAGCUCGACCGUGACAAGAGUGACUCUGAGACAGAGGGCCUGGUGUUCUCCCGGGAUCUCAAGGGGCCCUCCAGCCAAGAGGAUGAGUCUGGGGGCAUCGAGGACAGCCCGGAUCGAGGGGCCUGCUCCACCCCAGAAAUGCCCCAGUUUGAGUCUGUGAAAGCAGAAACCAUGACCGUCAGCAGCCUGGCAAUCAGAAAGAAGAUCGAGCCAGAGGCCAUGCUGCAGAGCAGAGUCUCCGCUGCAGACAGCACCCAGGUUGAUGGGGGUGCCCCCAUGGGGAAGGACUUCAUGACUGCUCCCCCCUGCAUCACCACAGAGACCAUCUCGACCACCAUGGAGAACAGUCUCAAGUCCGGGAAGGGGGCAGCUGCCAUGAUCCCAGGCCCACAGACGGUGGCCACGGAAAUCCGUUCUCUUUCACCGAUCAUCGGGAAAGAUGUCCUCACCAGCACGUACGGCGCCACCGCGGAAACCCUCUCCACCUCCACCACCACCCAUGUCACCAAAACUGUGAAGGGAGGGUUUUCUGAGACAAGGAUUGAGAAGCGAAUCAUCAUUACUGGGGAUGAAGAUGUCGAUCAAGACCAGGCCCUGGCUUUGGCCAUCAAGGAAGCCAAACUACAGCACCCAGACAUGCUGGUAACCAAAGCUGUUGUCUACAGAGAAACAGACCCAUCCCCAGAGGAGAGGGACAAAAAGCCACAGGAAUCCUGACCUCCGUGAAGAGAUGCUGGCGUGUCUGGUCCAACCCAAGCCAGAGAACCAUUAAGAAGGGGCCUUCAUUCUGGAUUCUCCGACAGCACCAACAUCCCAGCUGCGACGUACUGUCACUGAUGAGAGACUGGGAAGGGAAAGCAUAUAUAUAUAUAGAUAUAUAUAGAUAUAGAUAUAUAUACAGGAACCACCGCGUCCUCGCACUGCUGCUGGGGCUGGCGGAGCAGUCAGCUGAUGGCGACAACCAACAUCGGCAACAACCUUCAUUUCCUUUGCAGACAAAUUGAAUUGGUGGGAAUUUUUUUUCCCCCGGGAAAAUAAAUAACAAUCAUAAUCUCUCGCUCCCUCACCUCCAUCUCCUGCAAACUACAAAAGCAGACCGCGAUGAUUGUAGACACCCUCUUGAAGCCCAGCUGCUCACACUCCAGGAUGGACGAGCGCCCUCUUUGUUCUCCAGCCUCUCUUGCUCCCUCUAAUGCAAAGGAAAGAGAAAAAACAUAAAAGAUCAUGUAGCCAAGCAAGAGAAGUCACAGCAGCAAGACAUGCACAGGCAACUGGUUUCCAAGAGAGAAUGGAAGCCUCCCCCAUGGGAAGGAGAAGGAGGGACACUCCAUGUUGUUUGCUGGGUCUUGAUACUGGGCUUAGAAAUCCACUCUUUGUUCUUCUGCCUCCCAGCCACACCCUCGACGUCUGCUCAUUUUGUCUCCAUUUUCUGUCUCAGCUCCCUCUUGCCUCUCUCCCGACCCUCCUCUUCUGUGUCCUGGUCCUGCUGAGGGCCACUGCAGAUGACCCUCAUCGGAAACAAAAAAGACUACAAGAGCAAAAGGAAGCCAUGGGAAGGGAAGUAGACAUUGUAUGUUUCCGGUUUCUCAUGACGGAGGUGCAGCUCGUAGGAGAUUGUAUGACUGUGCUUUUAAGUUAUGUAUAUUACAUGUAACAGGAAACAAAUAUUAAAAUAAACUGUGCUGGUAAGUAUGCAGCUGACAUUUCCAAGUUACAAUUACCUGACUGUGAUUUGGUGUAUCCCAAGGUUCCUAGAUCUUGCCAAACUGGCCCAGCCGAGGACACUAGACUCUGGGUGGGGCCGGCUCCCAGUAGAGCUGACAGAUUCAGUGUAGUGAAACUGUGUGUGGUGUUUGUAACUGGGUGAUCGGUGGGGAGAGUGGGGGACCCUCCAUAGAGAGGUGAGGGUUCGGCCAGGCCAGAAGGAAGUGACACAGAUGUAGUCCCGAAUAUGCCAGGCCAAGAUGCCUUCUCCCCCAGCAGUAGCUGUCAGGGCCUGGUCUGUGCUCAGGACUCCUGCUGCUGAGGUCCCAUAGGUCAGUCCUCCUACCUCCAGGGGGCUUGCCUUGGUUUUCAGUCCUCUCUUUCUGUUUUGCUACUACCAGGGUCCUUGUUUUUGUUUGUGUUCCACCACGUCCUGCCCUGCUCUUCACCGCCUCGUCACAAUCAGUUCUUUCUCUUGAGGGAGGUGGUGCCCUGGUAGGGUAGAAAGCAGCGACUCUCACUUGGUUUUCUGAAAUGCCCAGCCAGUCUUCCCCCGUGCCGCUUUCAUCCUGUGACUCAUUCUCCUUUUCCCGAGCUAAAGUGGCCAUGACAAAGAGGCAAUGGACAGAGGGAGGGCUGUAGUAGGCCCACACCGCACUUCUAAAGGCCUCACCUGCCCUAGAAUGAUAGCAGGUAUAAGGAAGUGCCCCCCUACUGGCUCUAUCUGCGUUAGACCCUGGCUUGCAAGACCUCGGUUGGUAGUAUCCAGGCUCAGAAAUGGCCUUGAGAUGACAGGAGCCCUUGGAGAAGACCCUGCCACAAGCUUGCUGUUGCAAUCUGGCACAUGCAGGCUUCUGGCUUGCUUGCUAUGUCCCUCCCUUUCUGAGUGAAAAUAUACCACAGCAAUCUCAUUCCAUGUCCUAGUCCUGCCAAGGCAGUUCAUACAUUCAUUCAACAGAUGUUUAUGAUUGCCUGUUUGUGCCAGGCUCUGUUUCAGCAUGGAAGGGAAACAUGCCAGGAGAAGGGGGACGUGGGAAACUAGUGGACAAGCCUAUCCCUAACCAGAGCUGGCUCAUUUCAGAACUUCUCCAUUUCCUCCACCUUAUUAGACACUAAGGAGAAAUGUCUUGUCGGAGGGCCCAGACUAGAUGUGCCCUCUUGGUUUGCUUAUUAGUUACGAUAUACACCCUACCUACUUACAGGUGCUGGUCUGACACAGGUCAAGAAGCUAGAGUAGCUUUUGUCUCUGUGGCAGCUGAGAAGACAGCCAAGCUGUUAGAUAGCAGAGUCAGCCAUACACCCCCGGUGCAGGCUCGUGGGCCCACACCACUCCAGUGGCAGUGCAUUGUCUCUGCUCCAGGAUCUUUGGCCAUUCUUGAUGGAGAAGCCACAAAACCUCCUUCCUGCCCUUUAUAGCACGCAAGUUUCUGCUGCUUCUGAGCCUAGAGCAGGAAUAGCUCUAUCCCCUCGGAAUCAGUCUCAGGCCUCACCUGUCUUUGCAGGAACUCUUCGGCCUGCACACACUGGGCAUACAUACCUCAGAGGGAGGAUCUUUGUUUGGAGAGUUGUGCCUGCCCUGCACAUGGGCUACAGGGCAAGGGUGACAUGACCCAGCUUAGCUUGUGGGACAUUAGGGUUUAGGGAGACACCUGCUCCAUAGAUGUUCUGACCGUUUUUUUUUUUUUCUUCCCAGAGAGGCAGUCAGCACCCUGCCCAGGGAGGAGGGGACUAAAAUCUAGGGCACUCUUUGCUCCCCAUUCUCCUCUCCAUAGAGAAUAAGGACGUUGUCUUGUCUGACUUCAGCCUACUUUUUCUUUUUGCUUUUGUGUGUGUGUGUCAUCUUCUCUGUGGUACCUCUCCAUCCAGGGGCCAGGUAACAGUGUGAGAAAAGCCUCAGCGAGCAGUCAAGGUUCUGGGUGGCCAUCUCCUUGCAGCUCCUAACUCACCACGUGACACUGGGUGACCCCAUCCCUUUUAACUAAGCGAGCAGGGCAAACUCGUUACACAAUGAGGCUUUAUCCCCACUCUGCGUCUCAUGCACCCCUCCCCCCUUUUCCCUCUACUUUUGCUUUCUGUGAAUCUUUCCACGUGAGGGUAUAGGAAGUGCCAGGACCUGUUUCAGUUUCUGAAUCCUGCAAGCACAUACCAAGACUGGCCUGAAAUUGCAUGAGCGACAUCACUCUAAAUAUAUCUAUAUUUUUUUCAAAAGCACCUUAACAACCAACUGCAAUGCUGUCCUAUUCCUUUUUACUCACUCCCCUCUCUCCUCUCCUGUCCCCACGCUCCCCCACCUCAGUGCUCCGUGCUGUAUGCGUGUGCUCUCUGUUCUUGUAUACUCAAUAAAAGUGAAAUAAAUGUGUUUGAUGCUGAA